GCUCUUUUCCCACUUCCCCACACCCCUACUUUCCCUGCAACUUCCACCUUGGUGACCACUGCACCACCUUUCCCUCAACGCGGGUGGACGCUGAAUUGACUCCUCCACAAAGGGAAACUACUUCGAAAGAGAGGGGAAAGAAUAGCAAAAAUGUCCAACAAGUCCCCGGUAUUUCCGAUGCCAGAGCCCCUACACUUCAGCGACUAUGGCUUUGAUCCUCAAAUCGACUAUUUUCGGGUGUUAGAAGAAGCGAGGAAGCACAAGCGUGAGACAGCAAGGUCUAUAGAUUCCAUCCACUUCAAGCUCCAGAAGCCUGUAUCCAAAGACGAGUCCAAGAAGAGCCAAAAGGCCAAGAAGAAGCGGUGGUGGAGAAGCGCCCUUCUCUUCUUCAAAUGGAAGUGGAUGCCUCACCACCAUGGUCAUGGGCGUUAUCGUGAUCAUGAUCACGAGGACGUUCAUCAAGCUCGAGCUCGUGCCUUUAGGGCCUCGAUAUCAGGCCCCGUGUACAUCACCGAGAGCACAAGUGGGUCUGCUACGCCGUACCCACGUAUGGAUACUAGCCGGUCAUCCUCAGGUCCCCUCGCCGGAAUGUUUACCCCGUUGAGGAAGGAUGAGUCGGACAUACCUUAUUUGAGCCUGAGGAAUCUUAACAUGGAGCAGCAGCAAAGGUGCUCGACCUCUGCAAUGCCCUUAUAUUUGGUUACUUGAGAAGCACGAGGCGCUUGAACCUCUCUGUUUUUAGCAAUUUCUCAGGGCACCAUAUCAUAUGUAUCUCCUUUCUUUUAUUGUAUUAUUACCUGAAAAUGUAUAUAUAUUAUGCACUUCAAACCAUUAAGCCAUCGAUUUCUAUGUGUAUGUCAUGAUUUUCUGAACUGCUGAAGGUGUUUGAUCUAUAGUAGGAAAAGCUGGAUGAUCCUCCUCCUUUGUGUUUGUUGCUCA